AUGGAGAAGACAUCUGUUGUUGAUUCUCCAUCAUCUGCAGACUCGGAGACGCAACACUGCGAUGAAGAGAAGAAUACUGCAUGGCAAAUGAGCGUGGACGAGGCCCAAGCAGCCAACAUCAACGAGCAUACCAUGACUGUUCGGCAGGCCCUACGAUCUUACCCGUGGGCUGUGAUCUGGUCACUCAUCAUCUCCAUGUCAAUCAUCAUGGAGGGAUAUGAUACCAAUCUCAUUGGCAGCUUCUACGGAUACCCAGCCUUCCAGAAAGAAUUCGGCAUCGAACAUGGCGAUGGGUACCAGGUACCUCAGGCGUGGCAGUCUGCUCUCGGGGUCGGUGGGAAUGCAGGCUGCAUCGUUGGUGCAUUUUUGAACGGGUACCUGAUUAAGCAUUAUGGGUUCAGGAAAGUUUUUAUGGGAGCGCUGGUGCUCAUGUGUGGCUUCAUAUUUGUGUCCUUCUUUGGCAAGUCCCUGGGCGUCCAAGUGGCUGGACAGGUUCUUUGUGGAAUUCCGUGGGGAAUAUUCGCCACAAUCGGGCCAGCAUACUCGUCGGAGCUGUUGCCAAUGGCGCUUCGCUCAUACCUGACUGCUUACACGAAUAUGUGUUUCGCUAUCGGUCAAUUUAUCAGUGCCGGCGUGCUUCAAAGCCUCUUGAGCCGGGAUGACCAGUGGUCGUACCGUAUUCCAUAUGCCAUACAGUGGAUCUGGCCCGCACCGCUAUUUUUCAUAGCGAUAUUUAUGCCGGAGUCGCCCUGGUGGCAGGUGCGCCAUGGCAAAUACGAAGCCGCCCAAAAGACCGUCCAUCGCCUAACAAGCAGGCCAGAAAGGACCAAGUCUCGAGAAAUAGUCGCCAUGAUGAUCCAUACCGACAGCAUCGAACGGGAAUUAGAGGCUGGAGGCUCGUACUGGGAUUGCUUUCGAGGAAGCAAUCUGCGACGCACGGAAAUUGCCUGCGUGACGUUUGCCGGGCAGGUGUUUGCCGGCAGCCAGUUCGCAUACACAGGCACAUAUUUUUUCGAGCAAGCAGGAAUGAGUCCAUCGAAUGCUUAUAAGGUCGGAUUGGGUGGCACUGCGGUUGCAUUCGUCAGUACAAUUCUCUCCUGGUUCCUCAUGAAGGGACUUGGCCGCCGGACCAUGUAUUUAAGUGGCAUGGGACUGAUGUCAAUAUAUCUUCUCAUUAUCGGAUUUCUGACUCUCCCAAAGCAUAACAACAAUCUUGUCUGGGCACAGUCUGCAUUGUGUAUCGUUUGGCUGUUCACUUUCUCAUUGACCGUGGGACCGAUGGGCUGGAGCAUCGCCCCAGAGGUCUCGUCAACACGGCUGAGAUCAAAGACAAUCUGCCUAGCCCGCAAUGCCUAUUAUAUUGCCAUUGUUGUUGCCAAUGCCAUUGAGCCAUACAUGAUGAAUCCGGUCGCAUGGAAUUGGAGAGGAAAAACCGGCUUUUUUUGGUUCGCGUUCGCUUUCCUCACAUUUGUCUGGGGCUACUUCCGUCUCGCAGAGACCAAAGGGCGUACGUUCGAGGAACUGGAUAUUAUGUUCGCGGCUGGUGUGCCAACAAGGAAGUUUAAGAAGUGUCACGUCGACGCGUACGCAGAGAAUGUGGCGAUCAAAGAUCGGGCAAAGGAGGGUCCACAUGAGAAAACAGCUAUAGCCAUGUGA